AUGGUAGACACAGAAGAACUAGGACAGAGUGAAAGAGACAGAGACUCAGACAAACCACAGGUAUACGGCUAUGAUGAUUUGCAGAUGCUUCAAACCAGGUUUCCUUUGGAUUAUUAUGGGAUCCCAUUCGCCAAUCCUACAACCCCAAUCACAGGACGAGAAGCAGGCCUGUCAAGUACUGCCUACCCCGGUGACCUGUCUAAGUUUGGCCGGGGAGAUGCCCCAUCACCAGCUCCCACCACCACGCUGUCCCAGCCAAGCCAGACCCAGCCUCACCACACCACCCAGCAGACAUUCCUGAACCCCGCCCUGCCCCCCGGCUACAGCUAUACCAGUCUCCCCUACUACGCUGGGGUCCCCGGCCUCCCCAACACUUUCCAGUAUGGACCCGCCAUGUUUGCUGUCUCUCCAUCAACCUCCAAACAGCAUGGAGUGAAUGUGAAUGUCAACGCUUCUGCGGCAGCCUUUCAGCAAGCAAGUGGCUAUGGCACGCACAGUUACAGCACGGCUGGUGUGUCAGUUACCUCAAGUAACACGGGCGUUCCCGACAUCUCAGGAUCUGUGUACACAAAGACCCAGCAGUCUUUUGACAAGCAGACUUUCCACACUGGAACUCCCACAGCCUCGUUUAACCUGCCCUCGGCCCUGGGGAGUGGGGGACCUGUCAGUGCAGCCACCGCAGCCGGCUAUCCUCCCCCCUUCAUGCAUAUCCUGACCCCCCAUCAACAGCAGAUACACUCGCAGAUCCUCCACCUGCAGCAAGACAGCCAGAGUGUAACAGGACAACGGAAUCAGACCAGCAGCAUCCAGCAGAAGUCCCAGACCAACAAAUCAGCUUACAACAGUGCCGCUUACUGGGGUCCCAACUGACAAGUCUGCGCAAGGGAGUUGGAGUGGGAAGCUGGGGCAAGAGAGAGCGAGGAGCAGUGGUGGAGAGAGAAAGGGAAAUCUGUCCCCUCCCAUCCCUGCUAGCCUCACUUUUUAUGAAAGAUAAAGAGUGUGUAAAACUAUAAGUGAGCAGUUUUUUCCCUCUCAAAUUACAUGGUUUUAUAUGGCUCAGUCUUGAUUACAAGUCACAGAGCAACGAGGAGUUUUCAAACCAGUUUCUGCUUUUGUCUGUAUUUCCCCCAUGUCCUUAUUGUUCCAAGCAAAAAAAAAUACUGUUGUUUUUGCCAUUCUGUUCUGUCCCCAGUCCAUCCUGAGGGAAGGAUCUGGAAGCUUCUACGAUUUUCUGAAUCCUUUCCCCUGUUCCCUCCCCCUCUCACCUGCCUUUUUGCUAUCCCUUCUCCCCACUAUCAUUCUGUAGGAUUGAAACCAAACCAAUAAUAUGGGCUCCAAUGUAUUAUUGCUUCUUUGAGGUGUUAUUUUGUACUGUGCUUGACUUCAGUGAAUGACGUACCUCUGUGUAUAUAUAAAACACAAAGUGCUAUAGAUGGGACUGGCUUCCACACCUUCUCUUCUAUGGCUUUUUGUAAUUAGUUUCCUGAUAUAAAAAAAACAACCAAGU